UGUCUCUCUCUCUCUCUCUGUAAAGCCAUCGCUUCUUCCGUUUCUUGCCUUUCAGCUUCCUUUUUUAUGCCAAUCUGGAGAUUCUUGAUUGAGCAUUCCUCACCUCUCUUUCACUCUUCCUUCUCUUUUUUAUAUAUAUAAAAACUGAAUUCUCUCUUUGGUUCUGUUCAACAUCUAAAUGUCCUCCUUUGGAGUUUCUUCUUGUUGCUAAUUAAGAGCCCAUUCUUUUUUUGUUAUUAUUUGUUUUUUCUUUCCAUAUCUUAGCAUAAGAACCAAUCUCUACAUUUCUUCUGUUUCCCUUUCUUUGCUUCGUGGCUUUGUUAAUUCGAAUUCUUGGUGUUUCUUGAUCCCUCUUUUCAGUUUUCUUGUUAUUCUUUACCUUAUCGUGCAUUAAAAAGAAACCCAAGAAACAAAGGCCAAUAAAAAUCUCUUUCUCUGUCUCUCUUCAGAGUUUUGUGAUUCAUUUGAUAUAUUGAAGAGAUCAAAAUGUUGGAAGGAUUAUUAAAGUCGAAAUUCUAUGCAAAAAGCAAGUCGCUGUUGAAGAUGUCAAAAGCUCGACUCGAGGUGCUAAAGAAGAAGAAGAGCUCAGUGGCAAGGUUCUUAAAGAAUGAUAUGGCUGAGCUUCUCAGGAGUGGCUUUGAUUAUAAUGCUUAUUGCAGGGCUGAUGGGCUUCUGGUUGAGCAAAAGAUGAUAGCUUGCUACAAUUUCAUUGAGCAGUUCUGUGGAUGUAUAUCCAGCAAUCUUUCUGCCAUGAAUAAACAGAGGGAAUGCCCUGAGGAAUGUAAAGAAGCUGCACAAUCUCUAAUAUAUGCUGCAGCAAGAGUUUCUGAAUUCCCAGAAUUGCGAGAUUUUCGCACUCUAUUCACUGAAAGAUAUGGGACUCCCAAUGAAUCUUUUGUUAAUGAAGAGUUUAUUGAGACAUUGAGGCCUAAAUCUACCACAAAGGAGUUGAAGCUUCAGUUAUUGCAUGAUAUAGCAGAAGAAUUCAAUAUAGAAUGGAAUUCAAAGUCUUUGGAACAAAAACUCUUCAAGCCUCCUCGAGAGCAUUCAGUAAAUAUAUCAAGAACCGAUACGCUUUUAUCACAAAGAACUAGAGCAAGAUACCGGAUAUCCUAUCCGACAAAGACAACAGAUAACCAACAGAAUAUAUCAGAUAUCAGCAGAUUUUGCAGUAAACUAUUUUUCUCAGAUAGCAGCAAGAUCAACAGCAUAUGA